AUGCCAGCUGUUCCAGAGGUCUUGCUGGACAUUCUCGAUCAACUGGUGGAAAAAGAGCUGAAGAGAUUCAGGUGGUACCUGACUACAGAGAAUGUGCUGGAAGGCUUCUCUCACAUCCCAAAAGCUCAGCUAGAGAAUGCUGAUGCACAGGACACAGUGGACAAGAUAGUGGACACGUAUGGGGCAAGAGUAGUGGAGAUCACGCUGCUCAUCCUGAGGAAGAUGAAGCAGAAUAAUCUGGCUGAGAAGUUACAAAAGAUCUUGGGAGACGUGGACAAAUCUGACUUUCACAACUCAGAUUUAGGAUCAGAGACCUGCAUAUCUAAGAUCACAGCUUCACAGAAGGCUAAUCUGAAGAAAAGGUUUGAGACCAUUUUUGAAGGCACCAAAAGAACAGCAAACAGAACAUCCCUCAACAAAAUCUAUACAGAGUUGUACAUCACACGGGGAGAAAGUGACGAACAGGUGAACAGGGAACACGAGAUUCUACGUAUCGACAACGCAUUUAGUUCUCAAACACUCCAAGAUACACCUAUCAACUGCAAUGACAUCUUCAAGCCAUUGCCUGAUCAAACAGGAGAGUUCAGAACUGUGUUGACUAAAGGCAUUGCAGGUAUUGGAAAAACAGUCUCUGUUCAGAAGUUCAUUCUGGACUGGGCCGAAGGAGAAGCCAAUCAGUACAUCGAUUUCCUGUUUGUGCUGCCUUUCCGAGAGCUGAACAGAAUUAAGGACAGAUGCAGUCUUCACGAUCUUCUUCUUACUUUUCACCCAGAAAUAAGACAAAUGGAGGAAAAGACAUAUGACAAAUAUAAGAUAGUAUUCAUCUUUGAUGGACUUGACGAAAGUUGUCUUCCAUUUGAUUUCAACACCGAGAUUUUGACUGACGUAACAAGAAAAGCAACAGUCGAUCAACUAAUAAUAAACCUCAUCCAAGGCAACCUACUUCAGUUUGCUCACAUCUGGAUAACAUCCCGACCAGCAGCUACUGGUAAAAUCCCGCGUAAAUAUGUAGACCUGGUGACUGAGGUGAGAGGAUUCACUGAUAAACAGAAGGAAGAGUACUUCCGCAAGAGAGUCGCCGAUGAGACCAAAAGCAACAAAAUCAUCUCUCAUAUCAAGACGUCAAGAAGCCUGUACAUCAUGUGCCACAUCCCAGUUUUCUGCUGGAUCACAGCUACAGUCUUACAGGAGAUGUUGGGCCAAAACAGUGCUGAAGACAUCCCUGCGACCCUAACAGAAAUGUACACACAUUUCCUGCUCAUACAGACAACCAUGAUGAAUGAAAAACGUCGUGGAUUAUACGAAUAUAAUCGAGAAAAGUGUUUGAUGUUGAACAAAGAAUUACUUCUAAAACUAGCUGAGCUUGCUUUUAAAAAGCUGAAGGAUGGAGUCAUUGUUUUUUCUGAAGAAGAUUUGGAAGAGUGUAGCAUCGACAUCAGUGAGUCCUCAGAGGACUCAGGCCUGUGCACUGAGAUCAUUAGGAAAGAGUCUACUUUUUAUGAGGGCAAGUACUACUGCUUUGUGCACCUGAGUGUUCAGGAGUUUCUGGCCGCUUUCUUUGUCUUUUAUUCCUAUGUUAACAAGAAGAAAGAAACCCUUCAGUUUUUCUUUGAUAACGAUGUGCCCGAUGUUGUUAAACUGGAAACGCUUCUGAACAACGUGAUUCAAAAGGCCCUGAACAGUGAAAAGGGACAGUUGGACCUUUUUCUCCGUUUCCUUCUGGGCAUCUCACUGGAGUCUAACCAAAAACUUCUCAAGGGCCUACUGACACACACAGACAACAGCACCAAGUGCAUCAACAAAACAAUCCAACGCAUCAAGCAAAUGCAGAACAAAGACCUCUCCCCUGAUAAAGCCAUCAACCACUUCUUCUGCUUGCUUGAACUUAAGGAUCGCUCCUUGUAUAAACAAGUGCAGACAUAUCUGAGCUCAAAAGAAGGCCCCAAAAGGCAUCUCACUCCUGCAAACUGUUCAGCACUAGCAUAUGUACUAAUGAUGUCUGAAGAGAUAUUAGAUGAGUUUAACCCAAAGAAAUACAGCACGUCAGGCGAGGCCUGCAGAAGACUGGUCUCCGCUGUGAGAUGCUGCAAGAAGGCACUGUUUGCCAGGUGUGAACUUUCAAAGGCCUGCUGUGAGAAAGUGGCCUCAGCUCUGAAAUUAGAGGACUCUCACCUGAGACUGUUAGACUUGAGUGAUAAUUACUUGAUUGAAGAGGGAGUGGAGCUGCUCUCAGAUGCCUUUACAAGCUCACACUGUAAACUAGAGUCACUGAAGAUGGCUCGAUGUCAUUUCACAGAAGGAACCUGUAAAGUCUUGACCUCAGCUCUCAGCUCAAAUUCCUCUCAUCUGAGAGAGCUGGACCUCAGUCACAACGACAUUCAGGAUUCAGGAGUGAAGCUUCUCUUUGAUGGACUGGAAAAUCCACGCCCUCAACUGGAGAUACUGAGACUGAGCUGGUGUAACCUCACUGGGGACAGCUGUCAUGUACUUUCUUCAUUUCUGAGUUCUGACUCCUCCCUCAUGAGAGAGCUGGACUUGAGUAACAAUGAUCUUCAGGAUGCAGGAGUGAAGCUGCUCUGUGCUGGACUGGAGAAUCCGCACUGCAAACUAGAGAUACUGAACUUGUCUGGCUGUCUAGUGACAGAGGAAGGCUGUUCUUCUCUGGCUUCAGCUCUGAGUUCAAACCCCUCACACCUGAGAGAGCUGGAUUUGAGUUACAAUCACCCGGGAGACUCAGGAGUGAAGCUGCUCUCUGUUAGACUGGAGGAUCCACAUUGUAAACUGGGGACACUUAGCAUGGAAAAAGGAGAAGAAAGAUGGAUCAAACCUGGACUCACAAAGUUUGCCUGUGAUCUCACCCUGGACCCAAACACAGCACACACACAGCUGCUUCUGUCUGAGGAGAGCAGAAAGGUGACCUAUGGGCCGGAGAAGCAGCCGUAUCCGGAUCAUCCAGACAGAUUUGAAGUCUCGCCUCAGGUUCUGUGUAGAGAGAGUCUGACUGGACGCUGUUCCUGGGAGAUUGAGUUGAGCGGCGGUAUGGUAGAUGUGGGAGUGACUUAUGAAGGAAUAGACAGAAAAGACACAGACAGUCUAAUUGACAAUUACAGUCUUGGAAUGAACAGUACAUCCUGGUCGUUAAACGUAAGUGAACACCGAUGUAGUGCCAGCCACAACUCAGAGGAAAUAUACAUACCUGUCCAUGGAAGGCGCUUUAAUAGACUGAGAGUGUAUCUGGACUGGCCGGCUGGGACCUUGUCCUUCUACAGCGUCUCCUCUGACACACACACACCCACACACAUACACACAUUCCACUGCACAUUCACUGAGCCCCUCUAUCCAGGGUUUAAGUUUGGCGAAAUCAAUUCUUCGUUGAUCAUUUGUCAAAUAAAGUAG